AUGGUUUGUUUGAAGGGAGCUUCCUAUUCUCUGUUACUGAAUGGUCGAUUGCAUGGGGGUUUCAAUGGGAAGAAAGGUUUACGUCAGGGAGAUCCUAUAUCUCCUUUGCUGUUUGUUUUGGUCAUGGAAUAUCUUACUAGAUUGCUUAUUCAGGCUUCUCAUCACAAGGAGUUCAGAUUUCACCCAUUAUGUAAACGGCUGUUCCUUGUCAAUUUAUGUUUUGCAGAUGAUCUAAUUCUGUUUUGUAAAGGGUCUCUCAGGUCUGUUCAAAUUCUUCAGGCGGGUUUUACUAAAUUUAGCCAGGAUUCAGGUUUGAGUGCAAAUUCAUCUAAAUCCCACAUCUAUUUUGGUGGAGUCCCUACGGAUGAAAAGAAGAUCAUUUUGGAUUGUGUUAACAUUGAGGAGGGGUCAUUUCCCUUAAAAUAUCUGGGGCUGCCUCUUCGACCUACUAAAUGGAAAGCGGAGGACUGUGGUUUGAUCCUUAAAAAGAUUCAAAGUCGCCUUCAUUCUUGGUAUAGCAUACAUCUUUCUUUUGCUAGGAGAUCUCAAUUGAUACAUUCGGUUUUGUUGGGUAUCAUAUCGUACUGGAUGAGUAUUUUUCUACUUCCGCAACGAGUUAUACAUGACAUUGAUAGGUUGUGUGGGAACUUUUUAUGGGGUGCCAAUGGCAAUCAGAGCAAAUUGCAUCUGUCUUCUUGGGAUCAGGUUUGUUUACCCAAGCACUUGGGGGGUAUAGGCUUUAAGGAAGGGGCUAAAUGGAAUACAACUCUGCUGGCCAAGUACAUUUGGGCUGUCUCAUCUAAACAAGAUUCAUUAUGGGUCAAAUGGACAGUUGCUGUCUAUCUCAAAGGUCAUGAUUUCUGGCAGUAUCGACCUCAGGCAGAUGUGAGCUGGUAUUGGAGGAAGCUUAUUAAGCUGAGAAGUGCUUUCUCUUAUGAUGUGUUGGUGGCUUUGGUUACCAAAGGUAAGCUGAACCUUUCUAGACUGUAUAAUCACUUGAUACAAAAGGACAAGGCUAACUUUGAUAAGGUUGUUUGGUGUAAUCUGUCUGUUCUGAAGCACAGAUUCAUAUUAUGGCAGUCGGUUUUAGGUCAUUUGCUUACGAGGGACAAUUUGAUUCAUUGCCGUGUUCAAGUGGAGUCCAUUAUGUGCCCUGUUUGUGCUUUAGAAGGUGAAUCUCAUGGCCAUUUAUUUUUUGACUGUCCCUUCUCGCAACAAGUGCUAAAGCAGAUUAGCAAGUGGUUAGGGUCUGCUGCUUGGCCUUCUAUAUAUUCAAAUUGGCUUCUUUAG